CGCCCUCCGACAUGGUUCUGGUUCUGGACCCGCUGGUCAGGGACAAGGUCUCGUCCCCACCGGGGUCGCGAUCUCCGCAGCCCGAUUCGCCGACCUCCGACCCCUCCUCUGAGGUCAUCCCUUCCUGUCCGCCACCGCAGCAGCACUGCCGGCGCGACUCGACCCAGUCAGACCGAUCCAUCGGCGCCGACGACUUCUCCCAGAACCGGCAGCUGGAGCCGGGCCAGGACUCCCCGUGCUCAGAGCGGAGCGCCAGCUCUCAGGAACAGGAGCAGCGGGCGUCUCUGAGCCCCUCUCCCUCCACCCCCUCCCCCUCCCCCUCCCCCUCCCCGCCCGGCACUGACUCGGAGCUGGAGCCAGAGAAGGACCCUCGGCCAGCAGCUCCGAAGCCCAGCGACGACGUGCCCGACGGGGGCGUGCUCUCCAGGAAAGCCCCAAGCUCCGGCGGCCUGACCAACGGCCUACGGGACGACACCAGCACACCUCAGGUGUGUGUCACCAGAGAUGCCCCGCUCUCCACUCUGACCAAUGGCAAGGCCCCAGGCUUCAGUAGAGUGGGCAGCUCUGCUCCUGCCCCUUCUCCUGCCCCUGCCCCUUCCCCGUCCCCUCUGGGCCGCUUUAACAACUCCGGCUCCAUCCGCGACCGCAUGCGCAAGUUCACCGAGCAGCCCGCCCAGUCCGAGGCCCCUCCUCCCCUGAGGCGGGGCAUCCAGCGCAGCGUCCGCCCCCUGUCCGCCCACCUCAUCGGACGCUCCGCCGAGCCCCAGCCCUCCGGCCGAACCCCGUCCGGCAUCGGCCAAUCGCAGCGCUCGGCGGGAGGAGUCGAGACCCAGAGGGCCAAAGGUGUGGAUGCAGGGGGCCGGUCGGAGGCAGCCAGCCCAGAGCAAGGAAGCCCUGAGAGGGGGACAUCUGAAGCAGCCCCAGCCCUACCUCCAGCCCCAGCUCCAGGAACAGGACCAACCUCAGCCAGCACUAGGAAAGCACAGGAGGCCCAGUCACAGCCACAGUCACAGUCAGCGGGACAGGGACACACUGAGGACACCAGCACUGCCACCACCAGCAACGAGGAAGACGACGAGAUGAAGACCUUCCUGACCAUCGAGAUCAAAGAUGGCCGCACCACACACCAGCACCAGCCCACGCAGGCCAGGACCAUCACACACACCAGCACGGGCGGCGGGAGAGCAGAGUUUUCUCUGGGCCUAAGGGCAACGCCGUUCAGGAUCUCCACCACAAAUGUCUCCACCGGACCCACCUUCAAGAUGGAGUCCGAGCCGGCCAUGUUCGUGGUGGAGUCCUCCAUGCCCAACGGUGGCUCCUCCACCUCCUCCUCCACCACCACCACCACCAGGACCCUGACCUCAGAUCAGUCUCGUGGCACCAGCGGCGGCAGCCAGCUCGGCCAGGCUCGGGAGCACACCAUCCACGUGCUCUCCAGUGGAGAGCCCAUCCCCACCCCCACCCACAUCACCACCCACACCCCGGCCAAAGCCCAGGAGCACACCAUCAAAGUGGUGACGGCAGACCAGUCCCAGUCCCAGUCUCAGUCCCAGUCCCAGGCCCACCUGUCCUCCUCCACCACCUCCUCCUCCAUGACCACCUCCUCGUCCUCCUCCAGCAAGGCAGUGGAGGUGCAGCAGAGCAGCGGGAAGAAGAUCACGGAGGAGACGCUGGCAGCCAUAGAGGACGAGGAGCUCCUGGAUAAAAUGCUUGAUGAAACCAAAGACUUUGAGGAACGCAGACUGAUUCGUGCUGCCAUGCGAGAUCUUCGGAAAAAGAAACGAGAGGCCAAACUGGGAUGCUCCCAGGAGGAGAUCGACCUGCGUGAGAAGGAGCGUGACCUGCGUCUGGUGGAGUUGCGUAAGCAGCGUGAGGAGAAGGCGGCGGCUCUGAAGGGCAAGGCAGGAGAGGUCGUCACCAAGACGAUGGAGAAGUCGGCCGAUGGCAGCACCGUCAGCCAGGUCACCAAGACCAACCGCUUCGCACAGUCAGAUGAUGGCAGCAGGUCAACUCGCAGCUCUAUAGUGGAGUCCAGCUACGUUCAGAAGACGGGCAAGGGCACAAUGCAGACCAAAUCCUACAGCUACUCCUCUUCCUCCUCCAGUUCUGCAAAGAAAGUGGGCAGUGUGUUUGACCGAGAGGAUGACUCGGCGGCUGAGCGUCGUGAGCAGCAGCGUAAGAAGGAGCUGAUGAGAGCCCAGUCCAUGCCCAAGACCACGCCCAACACGGCACGCAAGGCCAUGAUGGAGAAGCUGGAGCCAGCAGGUGUGGGUAACCCAGCGGUGGCGCGGGUCAAUAAGGUUCAGCGCUCCACCAGUUUCGGGGUGCCCAACGCCAACUCGAUCAAGCAGAUGCUGCUGGAGUGGUGCCGCGCCAAGACGCGCUCCUACGAGAACGUGACCAUCCAGAACUUCUCCACGAGCUGGUGUGAUGGCAUGGCCUUCUGUGCGCUGGUCCACAACUUCUUCCCCCAGGCCUUCGACUUCGACAGCCUGAGCCCCGCCAACCGCCGACAGAACUUCCAGCUCGCCUUCGACACGGCCGAGGAAUAUGCCAAGUGUAUGCCCCUGCUGGAGGUGGAAGACAUGAUCCUUAUGGGGAACAAGCCGGACUCCAAGUGUGUGUUCACCUACGUGCAGUCGCUCGUCAACCACCUGCGCCGCUACGAGAUGCUUUGCCAAAGGCAGGCUGAGGCCGACUUGUGAACUGCCAACGCCAACACAGACACACACACACACACACACACACACACACACACACACACACACACACACACACACACACACACACACACACACACGCAUACAGAGUGACGCUGUUUUUAAACAAAAAGAGACUAAGUUAUUUUUAUUGUAUUAACCUCAAGAGAGCUGUUCCCUCCCAAAAAAGAGAGAUGUUUUUAAGAAAAAAAAUCUUAACCUUUUUUUAGUCCUAAACAAAGCAAGCU